AUGGCAUCAAACAACCAAAAUGAUAGCCAUGGCCAAUUCUCGAAUACCGGCAAAGAACACACCGUCACUCUGCCCUUUGCCCAGAACCCCAAUUAUUCAACCGAUACCACCGGACCAUCGGGUCUCAACCGAGAGGGCAAAUCUCUAGAGAAGUCGUGGAAGCCGAAUUUUGAUCGCAAACAUAGCUGGAGUAACGAGGACCGCAAGCACGAGCUGCAAGAACGAUGGCACAGGUCGGAAAAGGGAAAGGAGAUGGGCUUCACAGAGGCGCAUGCGCAUAGUGGGGAUUAG